UGCUUACCUCGUCCUGCUCCUUCUGCAAUAGAAAAACGUAUCUCUAAUCAAGUCUAAAACAAAGAUGGCCGCCGAUUCCAUUAAAGGUUUUCUUGUGGUCGUGCUCGCCUUCAUGCUUGCUUCUGAGGCUUUUCUUCGGGAAGUUAAUGCUGCCGGAGAGUGCGGAAAGACCCCCAUCAAGUCUGCAGCUGCAAGCUUGAGCCCUUGCUUGAGUGCUGCCGGGAAUGCUCAGGCCAAGGUUCCACCAACAUGCUGCACCAAAGUUGGUGCCUUAAUCAAGACCACACCCAAGUGCCUUUGUGCGGUUUUGUUGUCGCCUUUGGCAAAGCAGGCGGGGAUCAAGCCUGCCAUUGCUAUUACUAUUCCAAAACGGUGCAACAUCAGCAACCGACCGGCGGGAAAGAAGUGCGGAAGAUACACUCUCCCGUGAGAGUCAAACUCAAAGUCAACUAAAAAAAGAAAAGAAGGCAAGCAUGAUGGGGAGUGCUAAAUAAUUACGAGUGUUUUUAUUUUCCUUUCGAGUUAGUACAGAAUAAGAGUUGUCAUAUUGGGCCAUGCUUGCUAGAUAAUUGGCCCAUGGAGGCAGUAACCUUGCUCAUAUGUGUUUAUAUGGUUCCGAUGUCUACCUGUUUCUAUUGGUCUCUGUUUGUCUUCUGGACUCGUCCUGUUCA